AAGAGGGUGUGUCAACCUCUAUUUAAAUACAUUUGUGUCUGUGCUCUCUUCUCAAAUCCCUCUCUUCCACCCUAUCUACUUACACAAGUUCUCAUAAAAAUUUGCCACCAUGUCACAGCUCAUGAAGGCAAUGGAUCUCCUCAGGGCUAUCUUCGACAAGUACGCUGGAAAAGAAGGAGACAAAGACACUUUGACCAAGAAAGAACUUGCUGAACUGCUCCGCACAGAGCUUGGUGAGCCAGAAUCCCAAAGCAAAGCUGAAGUGGACAAAUUCUUCGGCAUGCUGGAUAAUGACGGUGAUGGUGUUAUUUCUUUCGAGGAGUAUGUCACUUUUGUGGCAGCCAUCACUGUGAUGAUUUCCUCUUAGAAAUAAGUAUUUUGAACAUUGCCUUAGAACUUUAGUGUCAUACUUAAUGUGCACUAAAUAAAAACUAAUGUGUAAUCCAAUUUAUUACAGUCACAUCUGUAAAAUAUGCAUGCCAUUAUCACAUGUUCUGAAAAUGAAAACUUGGUUAAACACACACAGAUCAUAGAUGGGUUAUUAUGUUGGCUGAAGGGACUUGAAAGUUGCUGACUCUGAGUGUGUUUCACUGAUUUUUUUAAUGUCAUAAGUAACAAUAAAGAAACCAAAAAUACA